GCCAGAUGUCCCUACGGAGACGAUCUACGAGAGUUUCGUCAUCGGCAGUACCCACCAGUACGACAUCGCACCGCGUCGUUUUCCGUUUGAGCUUUGCAUAAAAUAUUUUGAGUGGUAACGCGAUGACGCAAAUCUAGACGCCGUUUUCCGGAAAGUGUUGUUUUUUUUCUAUAUUGUGGCUUUAGGACAAAGGGGAUGGACGUUAAAAGAACUCGAACAUGUGGAGGAAUGUGUCGAUUUGAAUAAAUGAAUACCCCUGCGAUGUGGAGAGUAAUAAGCCUGAUCGUCAUUUUCCAGUCUCACAUCGUAAUCAGCAAGCUGACUGGUGAUAACAUUUGCCGUACGGAAGAAAGCUAUCCAGCAAAUGUCACUGAGUACCGCCUGAGAAACGCCACCUUUAGAAACUACAAAUGGUGCAUGAAUGUACCACCAAGAUGUUCCUACUACACAGUAAAAACCAUCAAUGAGUCGAGGGUUGUGGAAAAAAUCCUAACCAGAACAGUUGAAGAAUGCUGUGAGGGGUUCACCAAAAAAGAAGAAAUUUGCAUCUCGAAUUGCGAUGAAAACUGUAAAAAUGGCAAAUGUCAUAAUGGGGCCUGCCUGUGUUUCCCAGGAUUCAAAGGCCAAUCAUGUGAUGUAGGUUGCGACUUAGGCACAUGGGGCCCAAACUGCUCAAACAAUUGCGACUGUGAGUACAAAAGAUGCAAUCCAGUCAACGGAACAUGUUCAGUAGAACUCACUGUGACGUCAUCACCAAAAUCAAGCACAUCAAAAGACGUCAGUAUUACUAAAAGCGAAAAUAUCUUGACGUCAAAUGACGUCAGUAAUAAAAAUGGUGAAAUCAUUCAGACAUCAUCAUCAUCAACAGCUAGUACACCAAACUUCGUUAGUACCGAUAAAAGUGAAAUCACUUUGUCUUCAUCACCAAAACGUAGCACACCAACCCCCAUCAGUAUUAACGAAAUUACACUAACAUCACUGUCAUUUUCAAGUACGCCCAGUUAUAUCAGUACUGAAAGUGAAUCGAUGAUAACUACGAAAGGUUUGAGUACUUCUACCAAAGGAACUAGUUUAGAAAAUGAUGCAUUUACCAAUGCUACUGAUACAAACAAUAACGUGGUAGUAGUAAAAACUACUAGUGCUCCUGAAACGACUCCAAAAGCUACUGAAAUGCUAAGUAGCAUAAGCAAUACUCGAACAACCAAUCUGAUUACCCCGAGUACAACAGUUUCAAGAGAUACUGCUCAUGAAUUUUUAAUAACAAAAGGCAUACAAAAUGUGAUGGAGAACACAUCUCCAUCUCAAACAAAACAAUCUACUGUGCCACCUAGUAGGACUUCAAAUGUAUCAGCUCUAAGUUCUCGAUUUCACUCUACUUUAGAGCCCAUAACGUCUCCAAAGCCAACACAAAAAUAUACUGAAUUGAGUCAAGGCGUUCCGCAAAAAUUGGAUAUCACUAAAACGGGUUUAAUCAAAGAUGAUGUGAUGGCUAAAGUAACAAUACCGAUGCCAAAAAGAGUAUCUGUUCAGACAGAACCAAGAUUGACAGGUACUUCAACAGUUGUUGUUGCUUCUAGUUCCACCAAAGCUACAAUCCUACCUACAUCGCAACUAACAGCAUAUUUAAAUAGGUCAGCACUCAUUACGAAUUCGAAUGAAAUAGCAAUUCAUUCUACAACUGCUUUGGUCAAUAAUGUUACCAAAAUUGAGACAUCAGAAUCAUUCUCUAAGUCUUCUACCAAGCCAUAUUCAAACGAAAUAACAAAUCCGCUAUACAAAACCAGAGGCCUUCCGAAACAUUCAAUAACAACACCUCUAACAGCACCUAUUCCUAAAACUGGGUCUACAAUUGACCUGAGCAUGUCUACACGUACACCAAAACACGCUGAAGAUCAGUUAGACAAACCUGCUGAGGUGAAUACUACAAAAGAUACUAACUUGGACACCAUUUUGAAGGAGUAUACUGUACCAGUCGAGGUAAAGUACGAAAUUCCAGCACAGAAGAAAGAAAUAGCUUCAACUCAUGAAAACUACGCUGAAGAAAAGAAUUAUUUGACCCUUGAAGAUCGAGGUUAUAUUAAUAAACACGUGUCAUCGGAUACUGAGUAUUUUGUAAACACUUUCACGGCAGCUGCUGUCGUUGUCUUGGUUGUUGCUGUUUUGUUGAUGAUGUUCUUGGGCUGGAACAAUUGGAGAGGCAAAAAGGCGAUGGAAGGUAGAGAUAGCAGUAGGAAAGGCGCAGACGCACAUUCUACGAGUAUUUUUCAUACACCACUGCCAGAUCCACCAAUAAUCGAAAAUCCAACCUAUCUUCUAACAACGAUUGAUUGUAAAAGGUGCAACACCGAAACACUACUACUGAAAGCUCAUCAAUCAUAUCCGAUCCAUAGGAUGUCUCAAAUGGGAGAAGUGCGAGAAUACAUGUACGAUCAUCCACCUUCAACUGGAAGCUACCGCGCAGCUUCAACAGUUGAUGCCGGUGACGUCAGCUGCUCCUACAUUGCUACUGAGAUUACUGAGCCAGUCUAUGAUGAGAUUCCGCUCAGAAAUGGCACCGGUAAUGUCAACGGUGCAAACUCAGAGGCCAAUAUGUGUUUAUAUGUCAAUACUGUUGGUAGGACGAAAUUUUAAUAUAUGAUGUCGUAUUUGUAAUGUGUUUGUGUAAUAAUGUCAAUAAAACAUUUUUUGUUAAAA